CUGGCCUAUGGUGAUAUGAAUCAUGAAUGGAUCGGAAAUGAAUGGCUCCCAAGCUUGGGAUUACCUCAGUACCGCAGUUACUUCAUGGAGUGCCUCGUGGAUGCCAGAAUGCCGGACCACCUGACCAAGAUGGACCUCAGAGUCUAUCUUAAAAUGGUGGACAGCUUCCACAGUUCCCCCAACUACCACCAGAUGUCAGCACCCUUCCAAACCUUUGUCUUCCUGGACUUGGAAGCAACAGGGCUCAGAGAUGACCGUCCGCGAGUGACAGAACUGUGCCUGGCUGCCGUCCAUCGCUUCUCCCUGGAGCACCCCCCCCAGAGGGGGCAGAGUCGGGCCGCAGCUCCCCCGAGUCAUGGACAAGCUCUGCCUCUGUGCCGACCCACACAAACUGGUCUGUCAACGCACGCUGGAGCUGAGCGGCUUGAGCAACGAGAACCUGACCGAAAACUGCAAGCCCGGCUUCGACAAGGUGGCAGUGUCCCUCCUCAACGGCUUCCUGCAGAGACAGGCCCCUCCGGCAACAGCUUCCGCUACGACUUUCCUCUCCUGCGGACGGAGCUGCUGCGUCAGGAUUCGGAUCUCCCUCCCGGUGUGUUCUGUGCCGAUUCCUACAGAGCCCUCCGAGAGAUCCUCUGGGACCCCCAAUCCCCACAGAACCACAGGGGUUACAGCUUAGCCACGCUGUACAGGCGUUUCUAUCAGAGCUACCCCCCUGUGUCUCACUGCGCUGAAGCAGACGUGAGCACCCUCAUCGCCGUGUUUCUCAGCCAGGCCAGGGAUCUGCUCGUCUGGGCUGAUCUCAACGCCUGCCCCUGGGAAAGUACCCCCCCUAUGUACAACCCCAGCCCCCGAAAACCACUGAGGACGCCCCAAGAAACUCAGAAUGGAGGUACACCCAAAAGACAGAUGAAGGUGGCGAGAUCGAGCCAGGCUUUAGGGUUGGGCUAGCUCUAUAGAAACGCACAGGCAGGCUGCCGCUUAUCAGGCAUGCACAGUUAUCCAGGAAUUUUAUAAUGUAAUGUUAACCAAAGUCCUUGUUUUUAUGUGUACUAUCACUGUUGAUGCAAUGUAAUGGUCAUACUGAACUAAAUGUUACAGAACAAAUAAUUGUGAUUUUGGCUUUUUUUUACUGAUUUUUGUAAUAGUGGAUGAAUAUACAGGCUUUUAACGUACUGUUAUAAAUGUCAGAUAAGCACGUGCUUUG